AUGAUAUCUCUCAUGGAUCCCGCUGCGCUCACCCUGAUCAUCUGCCAGGCUUAUCACUCCUCUAUUGCUCGAUUCGUCUACCUUCUUCGGCUCCCACCACUGCCUGUCAGCUGCGAUGGACGGAAUGCGCGGAAGCCGGGCGGAAUGUCGAGCCCCGCUGCUAUCGCGGGUUAUCUGACAGAUUGGACCUCCCCCAGGCGUUAUGCCCAGGUAUUCUAG